AUGUCAUCUUUAUUACCUUCUGUCCGUAGCAAUGUCUCCAAACAAGUCUGCCUCAGACUCACCGUCGUUCGUUCCUAUGCUACAGAGACUCACACAUCGUCCUCGUCCUCCACGACGACGACGACGACGACCACCGACCUUCCACCGCUUCCGCACAAAGCAAACACCACGAAACCGCGACUAUAUCCGCGACCAAGACCAGCCGUGUCACAUCGCCACACUCCCCUGCCCAAGCUACCCGCAUCCUUUGGCAAGAACCAGCUUCUGCCUGUUUCCAACUCCACCCGUGCGCUGCUGGAAUCCAUCGUAGCGGGCUUUGACGCUCCCAUACGCUAUGCAUUCGCCUAUGGCUCUGGUGUCUUUGAACAGGACGGUUACACCGUACCGUCCCAGCUCACCUCAAUUGCACAGGGAAAGACAGAAAUCGACCCGAAUGCACCCAUGCUUGACUUUAUCUUCGCGGUCACACAUCCGGCCCAUUUCCACUCGAUCAAUAUGCACCAGCAUCCCAAUCACUAUCCCUUGCAUGCUCGUUUGCUCGGCUCGUCAUAUGUCUCGCGCGUACAGGAAGCUGGACCGGGCGUCUGGUUCAACGCAUACGUGCCCAUGAACGGUGUCACUAUCAAGUAUGGGGUUACUACUGUGGAUACUUUAUGCUCCGAUCUGCUCAAUUGGCAGAGUUUAUAUGUGGCCGGCAGGAUGCACAAGCCCCUUCGGAUCAUCAAAGACGACGCACGCGUCCGGCUGACGCAGCAGGUCAACCUGACCUCGGCCGUCCGGGCAGCCCUCUUGACGCUCCCAGAGGAAUUCUCCGAGACCGAGCUCUUCGAGCGCAUCACGGGCUUCAGCUACAGCGGCGACCCGCGCAUGGCGCUUCCCAUCGAGAACCGCAACAAGGUGGGCAACAUCGUGCGCAAGCAGGGUCCGCAGUUCAAGGAGCUGUAUCAUCGGCUGGUCGUCGGGCUACCCGGUGUUCAUUGGCCGGUUGAUGGGACGAGGAUUCAGCAGGAUUUGGCGCCGCAUGCGCGUGCGGCCCACUUGAGGAAGCUGCCGUCGAAUUUGCUGAGGCGGGUUAAGGAGAACUAUGCGAGGAAGGGGGAGACGAAUGCGGAGCUCGAGGCGGAUGAGAGCGCGUAUUGGGUUCAUCUGGCUGGUGAUCAGAAUCUACCGAAAGUGAUCACUGACGAGGUGAGCAACAUCGUGAAGGGCCCAGCGACGAUCCAGUCGAUCAAAGGCGUGAUCAGUCUUGGACUGGGAAAAACGAUACGAUACGGAGGGGCAAAGAUGAGUAAAUGGUGGAGAGGGUGA